GCUUACAUCGAAUGGUUUGAACCAUUCACUUCGGCUCCCGAUCGACAUCACGGACUUUACAAGCUCUCGCGAUCAUUGCGCGGUGGUGAAAAAGUAGCAAGUAUCGUGCCAUUGGCCAAUAUUGUGCGUAGUGUCCAUCUGAUGCCGAAUUUUGGAGCUGUUGUCCCGCGAGAGUGGACGAGUGAUACGGUUCUCGAUAAUUGUAAUACUUUUUGGUUGAAUUCAUACAUAGAUAGAUAUACUUUUUCUUUAUUCAAAUGA